UUCAUCCUUGUUAAUCCAACCAAGCGUUCUUCAUGACAUGCUGAUACGUGAAAGUCAGUUCAGAUUAACAAUGCUACAAAACAUCAAAGAUUUAGUGAUGGAUGCAGAAGACAACAAAAAAACCAACCAAGCACUAAUGAGAAAUAUCAGUGAUGUCACUGCAAUAAUGCAGACUAUCACCGAAAAAGAUCGCUUAAUAGAGAAAGAAAAUGACCAACUAAGACUUGAUUUGAACAUCCUUAAAGAUGCGAUUAAUCACGAGGACAAAAAUCCACGGAAAAGCAUCCAUAACCUUGAUUUGACUACGAUACCUAUUCUGUUAACAGAAUGGGAAGCAGACUAUUUGGAAUUCAACUACAAAUUAAAGACUAUGAUUGAGGCAGACCGUAAAAUACAGGAGACAAGGAAUAAGCUUAAUGAUGAAAUAGUGACGGUAAGAUCAAAAAGGAAUAUGACAACGGAGACGCUCGAACGCCUAAUGGAGAUGGGGCUGUCACUUGCUAGAAAACAGACGUCAACCAUCCAAAACGCAAACCACGAACUUUCAUCCGAUAAUAUUGAAAUUAAAAAACAGUUGGCGAUGUUGAAUGACACCCUGCAAAAUGCUGUCAAUAAAGGAGACGUAGAUGUUUUUAGAAUUCAUUAUAACGAGCGUUUUCAGAUGUUUGAUGCAACUUUGAUGAACCUUUCACUAUCAAUAAAUGAAACAGUGGAAAAGGGUCUUGCAGAGAGAAGAAAUGGCCACGACGAACAAACAAAAGGUUUCAAAGGAAGCUGCAUGGAUAUUUUAAAAGGCGAUCCCCAAACAAAGGGAAAAAAUGGUGUGUAUCAAAUCCGUGUGAACUCUGAAGUGAAAUCUGUGUACUGUGACAUGAGUGUCAAAGGAGGGGGUUGGACGGCCAUUCAGCGGAGACAGGAUGGAUCUACAAAUUUUAACCGGACGUGGAAGGAAUACAAGCAGGGAUUUGGUGAUCCUUCGACUAACUAUUGGAUUGGAAAUGACGCUAUCCAUGCUUUGGCAGAGGAGAAACAGACACUCCGGGUUCACCUUCGAGGAUUCGAUGGUAGAAGUGCUUAUGCAGAUUAUUCGUCAUUCUUUUACGGGAAUGAGGCAGAGAAAUAUCAUUUACUUGUGUCGGGCUACUCGGGAAUAGCGGGGGACUACUUGACUGAAUUCAAUGCAGCGAAAUUUUCUACACGCGACCAAAACAAUGUCGGUUAUGACUGUGUCAAAAAAUUUCGGGAAGGUUGGUGGUUCAGGGGUUGUUAUGACUCGACUGUAAAUGGGGAAUACGCGGAUUCUGCCCUGGAUGAUUCUCGAUACAUGGGCUGGUUUCCAUGGAAACUACAUGUUGCGUUGAAAGGGUCAUUAAUGAUGAUCCGACCUAAAAGUUAGAAUGAACAUUUUGCGUUUUAAGAAUC